UAGCAACUGACGGUUAACAGCUGGCCCGGAUAUGACGUUGCGUUGUAGCAACACCCUCCAUUUAAAACAAGAAGCUCAACAGAUAACGAGACUGUUACCGAUACAAAUCGUUACUAGUCAAGUCAAAGCUAUCUCUGGAUACCGUAGAAAACACCGAGCGGUGGAAACUGUCGCUGUAGAUCCCUGACAACACAACAGAGUGUGAGCAGAUGUGAUUUAAUGUUGUGUGUUGAUAAACCGGAGAUACCGAUAAACAUGGCCCGUAGGAGAAGUGUAGUGUGGGGCUUUUUUAAAGCAGUCGACUCAGACUCGGUCCAGUGUCUUCUCUGCAGAAAUUAUCUGGGGAAACGGGAGCAGGGCACCACAACAGCGAUGCUGAGACAUCUGCGUGUCAAACAUCCCACCGAGGUCGCCAUCGCCGAGAAAAGUGUGGGACAAGGACCUGAAACUGUUGCCAGCAACGGACACCGAGACCUGGAGACUGACAGCGGACAGUUCUGCUCCGUGGAAGUGGCGCUGGAGGAUGGAGACUCUGACACCAUCACCACAGUGAAUGAAGCUGACAUUAAUUCGGCUCUUAAUGGCCUCCUGGAAGCUGCACAAGGAGCUCCAGUAGAACAAAGAACAGAUGAAAAGGCAAGUGGUCACCGCUGUUUAAAACGCAGACGGAAUACACGGAGCUUGAUCUGGAGACACUUUGAGCGCUUGGAGAGUUUGGCUGCUGCUCGUUGCCGGAUUUGCAAGAAAAAGAUACAGUGCUUUGACAGCAGCACCAGCAACCUGCAUCGACACAUGUCAAAAAGGCACCCGGAGGCGUCUCAGGUAGCGGGUGAUGUGCAGAACCCACCAAUAUCCAAGUCAUCACGUGGCUCAAACGCUAAUGGUGACACAUCUACGUCGCCGGUGACUGUCGAGGUGACAGAGCAGAGACAGUUUUCAGAUGUGAUCAAAGAUUCACGAGCCUCUGGAGGAGAAAGGCGUGUUUUCAGGAGGGAGCAGGAGCUGAUAGAAGCUCUGAGGAGAGCGCAGCGGGAGGAGGCGCGCGCUCUGGAGCAUCAGAGGGAGCUUCUUGAGAAGCUGCGUGCAGCGAAUGCCAGAGAGGCAGCUGUGGAGAGGGAGCAAAUCGAGUCACUGAGGAAAGCACAGCAGGAGGAAGCCAAAGACUUAAAUAGACAGAGAGAAGAGCUGCAGACAGAAAAGGCAGAGCUACAGAAGAAACGGGAAGAGCUUCAGCAGGAAAAGGAAGAACUCCUGGUUUCCAGAGGACAGCCAGCCUCCUGAUUCUGUGAUGAGACUCAGGACCCAACAGGACUGACGGGUUUUGACUGUCAUCAUCCUCAUUUCUUUAACAAUUUAGGACUAACUCAACACAUGACAGCAUGAAAAUGUAAACUCCUAUUAUAGUAAGAUUUUUGGAUCCUUCUAUACAGUUGUGUUUUACUGCCUUAUGGUGUCUGAACAUUUGAAAAGUUGUAAUGUUGGAAGGAAUCAUUUAAAAGUGUAAAACAAUGCAUAUUUAUAAAGACACUUUUGAUUAAGAUCUUUAUGUACAAAAGAAGAUGUUGAAGAAAAGGAGAUUACUGGACACUGUUCUUGCAACAAAUGCCUUCAUUAAAUUAAUACAUCACCUCGAAAAUUCUUGAAACUC